AUGGAGAACACAAUGGAGGCCACACCCUCAGUUCUCGCCAUGCAGCGUACGUACAUGAUGCUUGUCGUCUGGGCCGAGCCCAAACAGCACACCCGGCAGGGAGAGCUGAUCGGGCGGCAGUCGUACACGUGCUAUAGGCGGGCGGAGUGCUCCGAGGCCACCCAGGUUUUCAUCACGAGAGCCGGCCACUGCGAGGGGCCUAAUACGACCGAGGAUAGCCACCCGGAGCUUCGCCUGGCAUCUGAUCUGAUCUGA